AUGAAGCUCUCAACCCUCCUCACAACCCUCACCCUCGCCACCCUCGGCAGCAGCACCGCCCUCAAAAACUCCCGCUCAACAUUCACCUGGACCUCCUGGGUCGACAGCCUGAUCGCCGACCCAGCGCAUGCCAUGAGCCCCGAGGAAGCGAUUGCCGCCUUCAACGCCGCAAACCCCAAUCUCAAUCCCGACCUCUCCACCAACGAUGCUACUUUGGACAAGCGCCAAGCCUUCGGCAACUGCCAACAACUCUCCUCCCGACCCCCUUCUGUGCCCGACACCGUGGCUUGUAUUAAUGAUCUAGCAGGCAGGGGCAAUGCGGGGCAGGAGUGUAACGUUGAUGGGUUUACCGCUCGCGUGCAGUGUAGAUUGGGUAGUGCGGAUGUGGUUAGUGUUAGGGGGAGGGAUGAUGCUCCUAAGAGUGUGAAUUGUAAUGAUAUCGCGAGGUCGGCUGGUGUGAUUAUGGAUCGGUGUACGAGGGGGGAUAAUACGGUUUCUGGGGCUGCGUAUAUUCCUCAGGGGGGUGUUGCAGUGCAGAUUCAGGGUCGGUAG